AUGGGUUGGGAGGGGGGGGGGAGAGGUUGCGGACCCUCGCCCGAUGUCGAGGCCUUGACCGAUCCGUCGGUCGAGGACCCGAAUGUGGUCUUCCGCGGGCUGGACCCCUCGGCCCAGGAGAACCUCAUCCGCACCGAGGGCCCGAACGGGACGCUGGAGUCGCCAUCGCAGCGGCGCAGCCGCACCCGCUCGCUCUAUGUGGCCAUGGCGAUUCUCUUCUUCGGCGCCAUGAUGGCCAGCGUCACGGUCCCCUCGCUAUACCUCUUCCUGGAAUCCAUGAAGCCCGGACCCACCAUGACCCCGUCCUCGGGCACGGAUAGCCACCUGGAGCUGGGCAUCGUGUCGGCCAUGUUCCCCCUGGGGCAGCUGCUCGGCUUGCCGGUGACCAACUACUGGUAUGUCCGAAAGAACGCCCGACAGGUGUUCAUCACCAUGGGGAUCUUUUCCAUCAUCUUCAGCAUGGGAUACCUGUUUGCAUUGAAUCGCUUUGCGAUCCUGCUGUCGCGCUUCUCCCUGGGCUUCUGCUUGAGUGGCACCCUCAUCACGCUGCCGUACAUUGCCCACUCGACGCCGGUUGUGGGGUCCGGGUCCUCGGGCUCCGAGCGUUUCUAUUUCAUUUCCAUCUCCACGACCUUGCUCGAGACCGGCUUUGCCCUGGGCCCGGUGUUCGGCGUGCUGAUGAUGAAUGUCAGCUUCUAUGUCGGUGUGUUUUGGGGGUCCUUGCCUUUCCUUUUUUUUCUUUUCGCUGCCCCGGGGCUCGGGUUGGUGCUCUGCUGA